AUGGUCGAGUGGCUCACUGACGCACAGGAUGCCACCGCCGAGGAGCAUAACCUGAGUCUGCUCGACGCUCUCAAGCUGCGUCCCAGGGCUGUCUUUUGGAGCCUCGCCAUGUCCACGGCAAUCAUCAUGGAAGGAUACGACACCAUGCUUGUUGGCAACUUGUUUGCCCAAUCAGCAUUCAAAAAGAAAUACGGACGCCUUGUCGGGGAAGACACUUACGAAAUACCUGCCUCAUGGCAAGCUGGCUUGAGCAAUGGGUCGGCCUGUGGUCAGCUAAUUGGUCUUUUGCUCGCCGGAUAUGUUAGUGAGCGUUUUGGAUUUCGCAAAACAAUGACCGUUGGCCUCAGCAUGAUUGCUGUCUUGAUCUUCAUUCCUUUCUUUGCCCCUAGUCUCGAAGUUCUCGAAGUCGGACAGAUUCUUUUCGGAAUUGUGCUGGGACUAUUUCAGACAACCCCAGUCAUCUACGCCAUGGAGAUAUCCCCUGUGUGCCUUCAGCCAUAUCUUACAUCAUAUGUCAAUUUCUGCUGGGCUAUCGGUCAUCUCAUUGGCGCAGGCAUUCUUCGAGGCUGUCUCACUCUAGAGGACGAAUGGGCGUAUAGAAUCCCUUUCGCAGUACAAUGGGUCUGGCCCGUUCUCUUGAUCCCGCUCCUGCACUUUGCUCCGGAAUCGCCUUGGUGGCUUGUUCGACAGGGUCGACUAGAAGACGCCAAGGCGGUGCUAACACGACUUACAUCUGGUGGCCAUGUUGGCAUCAACAUUGACAAACAAGUGGCUUUAAUGAUGGUCACAAUGGAGCACGAACGCACGAUCAAUGCCCAGACAUCCUACUUGGCAUGCUUCAGAGGUGUCGAUCUCCGGAGGACGUUGAUCGUAAUUGGGAUUUACUGCAUGCAGACUCUAAGCGGUAAUCCUCUGCGUGGUUAUUCCACAUACUUUCUUCAGCAAGCUGGCCUUCCGACUACUCAAGCCUUUAACAUGACGAUUGUCGGCUAUUCGUUGGCUCUAGCAGGAGGUUUCUUUACGUGGGCUCUUUUGCCUGUUUUCGGCCGUCGCAGCAUCCUUCUCUGGAGUCUUGUCAUGAUGUUUGUUCUGAUGGUCCUCAUCGGCGCUCUUGGGGUGCCACAAGCAGAGUCUCCAAAGGCUGCGUACCCGUGGGCAAUUGGCGCUCUCCUCAUCAUCUCCAACUUCCUUUACAACUGCUCCAUGGGGACCCUCACAAACACGCAAUGCGCCGAGAUCCCAUCAGCCCUCCUUCGCAGCAAGUCCGUCGUCCUAGCUCGCUGGAGCUAUUCCGUCACAAGCAUCGCUGCCAAUUCUCUCACGCCAUAUCAGUUGAACAAGACGGCGUGGAACUGGGGUGCAAAGACCGGCUUCUUUUGGGCAGGAGGGUGCAUGAUUUCUGCCGUCUUUGCUUUCUUCUGCGUUCCGGAAUCGAAAGACCGAACGACAGCGGAGAUGGAUGUCCUGUUCGAAAGGAAGAUUGCCCCACGCCAUUUUGCCAAAACUCCAGUGGAUUUGAUCGAAGCAAUUGGGGAGCAGGAUGAGGGGAAAGCGGUCUAG